CCAGCAACUUCCUAUCCCCAGUGGGCGAUGCGAAUAUGCCUACCGGUACCUGCGCGGCAGUCAUGGCACCAAGACCGCGUCUCGCCCAGACGGCGCGACUCAUACAUUUCGUCAGCUUAACUUUCACCACCGUCCUCCUCACCAUGACACUACCAGCAGCUGCUCAAACAACAACAAUGACAAUGCCCCCAUUGCCAACAAUCACAGACACAGGCACAAGGGUCCUGACCUUCUUCUUGCCCGACUCAGAGCCUCUGUCGCUCGACGCCUCCAUCAUAUCCGUCUACCGGCCGUCUAACUCACCCCGCGAGAAGCCCGUGACGACGCUACAGCUGGACUGCCCGACGUCGCCUCCCUCGCCUGCCAAUGACGCCUGCCGCGCCGCGGGCAUCUACCCGGCCCAAGUCUACCACACGCAGGGCUCCGUCUGGGGCGGGACCACUACCUAUGCUGCUGAUGACAGCACCACGACUUGGUAGGUUAACCCGUC